UCCAAACUCUUAUUACAAAUCAAACAAGUCUAGUGAGUGAGAAAGAGAGAAAGAGAGGGUUAAUAAUCAUUAAUCAAUCUCAUCCAAUUUUGAAAAAUCAAAGAUGGGAAACAGCCUAAGGUGUUGUUUGGCAUGCGUUCUUCCAUGCGGGGCGCUAGACUUGAUCCGGAUAGUGCACUUAAACGGGUCGGUUGACGAGAUCACGGGUCGGGUCACGGCCGGAGAGAUCCUAAAAAACAACCCGAAUCACGUCCUCACAAAGCCUUCCUCCCAAGGCAUGGCCCGCCGGAUCCUCAUCCUCUCGCCCGAAUCCGAGCUCAAACGGGGCUCCAUUUAUUUCCUCAUCCCCUCUUCUUCGCUUCCCGCCGACAAAACCAAUAAAAUUCUCAAAAAACUCAGCCCCUGCCGGAAAAAGUCGCCGGAGGUCGCCGCCGUGAAGAUGCCGGAGAAGAAGCAGUCGUCGAGGCGACACCACCACCGGAGCAGGAGCAACGCCGGAGUUGCUUGGACGCCUUAUCUUGAGAGCAUUUCUGAGGACUAGUUUUUUUAACUUCUAUAUUUGGAAACAAAUUUUUUUACCCCUUUAUUAUUAGUUGGGGGUUUAUUUUUCUCUUAAUUUGGUUCAUAAAAUGUGGAUAGUUGAUCAUCUCUCUUUUCUUCUUUCUUGUUUGAUUUUUUUUUUGGGGAAAAGGUUAUUUCUUAAUUUUUACCUCAACAAGAAUCCAUAAAAUGUUGAGGUGUGUACGUACCUGUAAUGUGGAGUAACUUUUAAGAAUAAUAUUUUCCCUCUUUCAUAUAAAAAUCCUAGAUGUUUUGUGUAUUUUGGUUAUAAGUCUAAGGGUGACACGAGUAUUAUACAAUUUACUUAUGUUUUCUC